AUUUAUAAUAUGGAUUGAUUUAAAGUCAGCAGGAAAGAAAAGAAAUUAAAGUAUAAAGAGACUUCACUGGAUUUUAAUGUGAAAAGAGAACUUGACGAAAGAACAGGCUAUCCCUCCCUAUUGACUGUGAACUUCAAUUCUCCAAAGAUUUCUAAUAAGAGAGGAGUGCUUAAGAAAUUUGAAAGGAUCAGUUGGCCAAGCUUUGGAAUAUCAACUUUUGAGGUUUGCUUGAAUUCAGACAUGAUUAAGAAGGAUAAAAUCUUUUUUCAAAAGAUGAAAAAGUCAAAAUUCGAAAUGAUCAAAAUCAUUCAUGGAGUCAAUCAGUAUCACCAUAUGCCCUGGAAAUUCCUCCUCCCUCUGAUCACUUGUCGCACAUCUGGCUUACAAAUAACAGCUUUCAAGGUCCCCAAAAGACUAUUUCAACUAAUCCUGUCGUCCAGUCCUCUCCUCACAACGCUCGAGUUCUCGUGCUGCACUAUUGACUCCUCAAACUGCAAGUUCUAUGUACAGGAUUGUUGCAGACUGGAGAGACUGAGCUUUGCGAUGUCAGGCAGGAUAGAAAAUAGUAAUUGGAUAGAUUAUCCUGAGAGGUUGGAUUACAUUCUCCUCGGAAUUUCCGAAUGAAAGCUCAAGAGCAAAUUGAAGACAAUGGAGUUUGGAGAAACAGGAAGAUAUCACAGUGAAAUCAGAGAACUCAUGGAUUCAGUAGGUCUUGAGGGGAUCCAUGUUGGAAGAAACAAGAAUGGGUUUUGUGUGUAAGCAUCUGAUGGAAAAGUAGAGUUUUGAUGAAGUGAUUGGGGAGAGGGUGUAGUGGAAAUAUUGGGGAUUAGAGGCGGGGUUGAGAGGGUAAUUUUAGGAUUAGAGGAGAUUCUAGAUGGAAGAAUUGGUUUGGGUGAAUUUAUUUGCAUUUAAGGUUGAUCUUAUUGGAGCUUAAAACACUCAUCAUUCUCCAAUCCCAAAGCAAAACUUCCAAUUAAAACACCCAAUCACUCCAAAAUCCCUCCCACUACUCUCACUUCUACACACAUUCCCCUCAUUUCCCAAAACCCCACCCCACCCUAACUAAAACACCCAACUCUUUUCAAAAAUACAAAAUCCCUUUUCACCAUCUUCCUCAAUUUCUUCUUCCUCCCAAACCCCCAAAAUUGAUCCAUCCCGAACUCCACAUAAAAUUUCA